AUGGCGUUCGUCCCCGAUUUGGACACACUGGAGAGCGCCAGCCUGAACGAGGAGACAUUUUAUGACCCCGACUGCCUCUGCCCGCAGAAGAAACCCCACCUGGACUUGGAGGUGACAUCGCCCGGGGUGGACAUCCAGGUGACGGUGACCCAGGGGCACCCUGUCAGGACCUUUCGCCAGGCUGCCGUCCUUGUGGUGGCUGUGACCAAGCUCCUGAAGCGGCCAGCGCACAAGGACUUUGCCGACAGUGACCUUGGGGGCUUCCUGGAUGAUAUUUUCGAGCCCGUCUCCUUCCAGUGGAUCGAGGGCAGCUACGCCGGGGCACCUGUCUACCGCUACACCCGCUCCCAGUCCUUCGACAUCCUCGACAUCGACAAGAAGUGCUUCGUGCUGGAGUCGCCCACCCAGCUGGUGGCCCUGCACCUGCAGGGACCCUCCGCCGAGCGGAAAGUGAAGCUCAACAUCGCUCUGUACCGUCCCCGGUCAUCGCAGGGCGGCCCGGGGACCGGGCGGAUGCCAGUGGCAUUGGGCAUCAAGGGCUACCAGCUCUAUAUGUCGUGCGUGAUGAGCGGCGCCAAGCCUGUGCUGCAGCUGGAGGAAGCCGACAUCAGGAGGGACAUCAAGAGCAUGGAGCUGACCCGCUUCAUCUUCUACCGCCUAGACAGCCCGAACGAUAAGACCACCCGCUUCGAGUCGGCCGCCUUCCCCGGCUGGUUCAUCUGCACCUCCCUGCAGCCCCGCCAGCCCGUCGGCAUCACCAACCAGCCCGACCAGGUCAACAUCGCCACCUACGAGCUGAGCUGAGCGGGCACUGAGGACCCCCGCACC